ACACGCCUGUGUAACAUCCAUCUUCGUUAAACGUACUCAUAUACACGUACCCCCGAGAUCAUGGCGGACAAGCAAGUCAAAGUGGCUUUGUGGGGUGUACCUCGAACGAUGUCGACAGUGUUUGCGAAAUGCAUGAGCACCAUUGAUGAGAUGGAAGUCUAUCUGGAACUGUAUUCGUAUUCUAAAACGGCGAGUGGCAUUUUGAAAUCGGCGACCGGUCGCGAGCUGCCGAGGAAUCUUGACGGGAACGAGGCGGUGUACGCAGAAGCGAUAACGGUGUUUACAAAGGCUUUCAGUGGCAUUUUGAUGCCAAAGAGAAUAUCAUGCUGUGAAAUCAAACGAGAAUUGGAGACUACCAAGAGUAGGUUCGUCUUUAUAAAGGAGAUGGCAUAUCUUACAGAAUACAUUCUUGAGUAUCUACCGAAUGGCUUCAAGCAUGUCUUCCUCAUCAGAGAUCCAACGAAGGUCUACAAGUCCUUCAGGAAAGGCGUCUUGGGGUUGAUGCAUGUAGACGAUUGCGACAUCGUACGAGAUGAUCCGAUAGAAUUACGACCAAUGUUGUGGUACGAGCAACAGCACCGGCUCUGGAAAUAUGUCCAACAAAAUGAUCUCAACCCUCACCCCAUCAUCAUCGACGCUACCGAUCUGGCCACCAACCCACGGGAGAUCUUGAAAGGUUUCUGCGAUGCUGUUGGAUUUCCAUACAGCGAUAGCCUUCUGCAGUGGUCCCCGAGUCAUGAGUUCCCGAAGAACUUUGUGACGGCGGGUGAGAACCUCUUCGAGUCCAUGUCCGUGUUUUACUCGGCAGCGUUCAGCAGUACACACUUCGUGGCGCCUACCAUACAGGGACCUUUACCACGUGAUCAGCUUACAGAUGACGUCAUCAAGUGUGUCGACUAUUCUAUGCCAUUUUACCGUGAAAUGUAUGAAGCAAGAAUGCAAGUCUCUUAACAGUGUCCUGUUUGUGCAUUUUUUAAAAGUAAAGAAAGCUCGCGUGUGUGGCAAAACCUUUUCACCCUCUUCCCCAGAUUAAGAACUCGAGGCAAUCUCAAAUUCUCAUUCGGAUAAGGUUUAGUUAGGUGUUUGUUUGUUUGUUAUGUUUUUUUUCUCAUUGAAUUUGUGAUUAUAUGUUUUUAAUAUUUCUUUAAGUACAAUUUUUGUUAUGGGUUGGCCUCACACAAGGUUUCUUCCUUUUUGGUCAUUACCUUCCUCACUUUCUUUAAAUUUGAUAUUCAUUGUAUUCACAUUGUCUAUUUUUUAAUGUAUUUUAUCUUGAUCUCUUGAGGAAAAAUAAAUGAAACUUGAACUACAAUCGGACUUCACUUGACUUAAAAACUGGGAGCCGUUUCAUAAAUCUGUUCGUAAGUUAAGAGCGACUUUAAAAACGACCGGUGAUCCUUUCUUAUGCGCUAAACCAAAUGCAAAUUUUUAAUUCAAUAUAGUAUUUACCACAAUAAAAGGUCACCAGUCGUUCUUAAAGUCGUUCUUAACUUACGAACAGCUUAAUGAAACACCCACCGGGAUGUUAACUGUUAUCUUUCUUCAAUUUGAAACUUCUCAUCCAAUGCAUGAUGUGUUCUGAUAAUUUUAGCUCAUUUGCUCUUGAUCUGGUUGAUAUAUCAGUUCCUAUAUUCAUUCACUUGUAAAAAAAAAAACAUAACAUAAGAUUACAUGGAAAACUACCAAAGCUGCUAUUUUGAAGCAACGUUUUCAAUGUGGGAAUCGCAAUGACAAGAUUGAAAGUAAUUUUGAUACUUAGAAACUGCCUCAUUUCAUAAUCAAUUUGGUUAAAUUAUACGUUUAUUUGAAUUCCUCUGUGUCAUUGAAAUAAUCAUACUUUCGUCAGGAUCUCAUUCUCUUGAGAAAAGUUGCGUAAUAAAUUUACUUUCACAACUACGUCUUGCGAAUGACAAGAUUGAAAGUAAUUUUGAUACUUAGAAACUGCCUCAUUUCAUAAUCAAUUUGGUUAAAUUAUACGUUUAUUUGAAUUCCUCUGUGUCAUUGAAAUAAUCAUACUUUCGUCAGGAUCUCAUUCUCUUAAAAAAAGUUGCGUAAUAAAUUUACUUUCACAACUACGUCUUGCGACCGGUUGUGCCGGUCCGGUUACAUAUGUUAUUCUUUCACAUUAUUGCAAUAGUCUAACUAGUCGCAAGGCCAAUUGCGAGAGCUUUUAAACACGAUUUUGUUUCGUUCUGACUAAAUUUGUUAUGGUGUAAUAAUUUGCUUAGGUACUGUAUACUUCGCACAAAUUAAUUGAUAUUGUCCCUGAUCCUUGAUCGGGUGCGUCACAGAGUGUCAAAUGCGUGCGAACGUAUAGUCGCCUACCGAGCGACGGAUCCUUACGAACGUUGCCAAUUUGAGAUUCGCCAACUUUUCUGAUGAGUGUCGUACUCUUACGAAUGUUUACUUGUGACAUCAAACUAUAUCUGUCAUGUUUCCCAACUGCUUCAUAAAGGAAAAUGUGUCUGCGAAACUCGAAGCACUUAUUUUUUUAUCAGUGGGUUGAUUACUUAAAUAAUAUUCAUUGUACAUGUAGCAAACGUGUAUUCGUGUCGGAGAGAAAUUUUAAACAUGUUUUAACUUUCUUUGCGAAUGUAUUUUUCCGUAAACAAUCACAAGCAAUUAAAAAAGUCUUUCCAUUGGUUGU